UUAAUUAAAAGCCAAUGGCACAAUGCUAAGUCAUCUCUCUUCUAAUUGGAGAAAAGAUGAGGGGUUCUCCAAGUUUGGAGGGGGAGAGUCACUGAAUUCAGAGGUAGCCGGAUCCCAUACCCCCCAGGUGCCCGUGCCCAGCUAAGGGAUGGGCGACGAUGCCUGAGGGGCCAGGGCCGGGCCAGUCUCCAGUUAAGACUGGGGCUCAAGCCAGCCUUAGGCUUUGGAUCUUGCUAGUUCCUGGCUGACCCAGCCCGGGUCCUUAGUUAAGGGUCUCUAAGGAAGAGGUCGAGGUUAUCCGGCACCUCAGCCUCGCGGGCGGCUUCCCACAAGGCAGUAAAGUUUCCUCACAGUUCCUUCCCAUAAGUGAACGAGUCUCCUCACAAGACGGAACUAUGACUAGAUUCACAACUGACUAGAAAGGGAACUGAGCCAGCUCCAGAACCGAGUCACAAGAUGGAGUCGGCGGGUUUCACUCACUUCCCACAGUCCUCUGUUUGCUGACCUAAUGUCCUCAGUGAGGGGGGAGUGGGCGCCCGUUCCCUCGGGGCUCUCUCGGUCAGAUCUGCAAGGUCUUUCAUAUGUUGGUAAUUAGAAUCUCCUAAAUGAGGUUUCAGGCCAAAGGCCAGAGAGGGCUCCCAGUGGACUGAUUUUGAGAAGGGAGAUUUACAUGUUUCCAAGGCAACCAAGAAAAGCAAACAGAAGCAUCGACACCAACUGGAGGACACGUGGCUUCUCCCCCCCUGGCCGCCCCUUUGCCAUCUUGGGCAGCUGAAAUCCCCAAACUCUCUUACCCGGCUGUGAAACGGGGUGACAAAAGCCCAAACCCAGCCUCCAUCUCAGCGCCUGGCACCACUGGCCCGGAGGGGGUACCUGUAGGCAGCUCGGCAGCUGGUGAAAGAAAGAGAGUGGGAGCCUGGAGACAGAAGGCUGGCGGAACCCCAAGGAGCCCUGUGCUGACACAUGGCCGGGAGAGCCGGGCCGAGGGGGGCACCCGAGAUGCUCCGUCUCUGUGACCCCUGGGAAUGUGGAGCAUCAGGAUGCUCUCCCCUCAGUCCCUUGCCCCCCUUCCCUCUCCUCUGUCUCUCCUCUUCCUCGCCCGCCACAGAUGGGGGUCACCAUGUAGAGAACUCAGGGGUGAGCAGCUGCAGGGAAGGUGCUGACCUGCUUUGGUAGAGAAGGUCUCCCUGAGGGGAUUUCCUGACUAUAAGUGCUGUCACAGACUUGGGGCCCAGCCCCGUUUCCAUCUCUUGCUCCUAGCCUCAGUGUUCCUAUCUACAAAGUGGGGAUAAUCCUGGAGGAAGACUGUGCAGAACACCGAGGGCUACAUAGCUGUCUGCUCUCCAGAUCGUCCCAAUGUGUGGCUCAAGGAGAGAAUCUACAAAGAGCAAAGAAGCACCGGGGUCAAGUGAGGGACUGUGAAAAUGGGGCAUCAGCCAAGGGAAGUGCCUGGCGCCGGGCACAGGAAGCAGAGCAUUGGGAGCCUCCUUGACCACUCUGAAUCUCCGGGAAUUGGAGGGGGAAGGAGGCAGAGGCAGGAGAAAGGUCACUGGCCCCCACCGACCUCUGGCAAGGCCCUCCUUUCUUGUGCCGCCGCCUCUCCACCUAUAAAGGGAGCUAGACCCAACGGCCUUCCCUCCUUCCCCAGACGUUGGGAUGGAGAGUGAGGGGGAGCCCCGCGAGGACAAAGGGCCGGCAGCAGGAAGCUCCAGUCAGAACGUGGCCGGGGCCUGGGGCCUUCUGGGCUCAGCUCUCCCCAGCACAUCUUUCCCCCGGGUGGUCUCUCAUAGACUAGUAACAGCCAACAUCUGUAAAGCACCUGAGAGGGCUGACGAAGCACAUUACUUCCUUUGAUCCUCAUUACUCCCUAAGUGUUGUUCCUAUUCCUGUUCUAUAGAAGAGGAAACUGAGGCUGGAGAGAAGUUGUGUCUUGUCUUACAGCUGGCCGGUGCUUGGGAGUUUAAAGGUCACUCUACUGAGACUUGACUCAUAGGGGAAAAAUGAUCUUUUUGUUCUGAACACGCCACGUCCUCAGAUUGUUUCAACACAGAAUUGCAUUUUGGGAGCCUGAAAUGAGGUGGGUUUGGGGGAAGGCUCCAGGCUGAGCACCGAGGCGGCCUUGCUCCGUCAGACCCGGGGAAGUGUUUCCUUCCGAAAGUUUCCUUCAGGACUCGCCGCCACCACCAAGUUUCUUUCCAGCUGGGAAAGCAAACAGUGGUUGGCGGAACAAGCUCCGCUCGUUCUCCCCCCCUCAGUCAGCGCUGAAGAAGGGCUGGGACGCUUCACCAGGUACUGACGGCCUCCCUCUCGGUUGGCAGCCAGUCGGGCGGCCACCGUCCUUUCCGGAGCCCCUGCCAGGGUGGAAAGAUCCCCAGGGAUAGGGGACGGCCUCCCCCCUUCCUAAUCUCAGCUUCCCUCUCUCGGAUGGUUCGUUGCUAGGAGGAGUUCAUCCUGGGCCGUGGAGGGCAGGAGAGCCCCGAGUCUGGGUCCCGGCCAGUGACCGAGGACCUGGCUGCCCUGGGCACCGGUUAUUAGCCCAUCGAGAAACAGUCCGUCCUGUGGUUGCCUCGGAGCUCCUGGGUGGUCACAAGCAUCUGAGGAGAUGACUCAGUACGUUGUAAAGUGUCGGUCAUCCCCGGCAGAGCCCUCAAGGGUCAGAGCCCAGAGAGGGAUGGCAGAGCGGGGACCCCCGCCUGGUACCCUGUCUUCCCCCUUCACUAGAAAACCUCCACAAAGAGGAGCCCUCCGUCACCUCUUCUGUUACUGCCACUGUCUCCUUCACCAUCAUCAUCACCGCCUCCAUCACCACCGCCGCCAGCACAGCGGGCCCCUACACAGGGAAGCAGCCUCCAUUGCUCUGUGGGUGCUUCCCCUUCCAUCCUCCCCAUGCCGCUGUUGGGGCAGGCGCCUUCCCCGUCCCCCGAGUAGUCGCCAGGUCCCCUAAGCUUGCCGGGACUGACUGAUCAUCGCCUGCCUUCCUGCCGCCCCGUGGCCCUUCCUCCCGCCACUCCCUCCCAGGAUCUCCGGCCACUCCCGCCCUCACGCCUCAGCCCCUGCUUCUGACCCUCUGGGUGUCUUUUCUGCUCUGGGUUCCCUUCCUCCGCUCGGGCGAGAGCGCUGGCAGGCCGCAGCGGUCUCGGGAGAGCGGUGCCAAUAACGGGGCUUUUUAAAAAACCUUCAAUGCUCUCUUUUUACAUCACCCAGCCUCUCCCCACUCCCUGCCACUUCCAGCCACAGCCAUCCAUGCAACAAAGAACAUUUGCAACACGGAAACAGCUCCUGCUCUGUGCCAGGGAUUGACCCAGAUGCUGGGCACACAAGUGUGAAGAAUAAAAUGGCCCUUUUUCCCAAGGAGCUUCCAAUAGAGGAGACAAGGGGGGAGUGAAAAUUGGAUGCUUUUGAGAAGAAUGAAGAGGAAUCUCUGCCGAGCACUAAGGGAGCUUGGGAGGGCGCCUCGCUCGGGAGGGGCCCGUGGCCUCUGAAAGGAUGAGAAGGAAGCUGCUCCCCAAGAAAGAUGGAAGAACUGAGGACCCGGACAGUGGAGGAGCUGGAGAAGUUGCAGGAUGACCCAGAAGAGAUCAACCGACUGGUCAUGGAGUCCCCCGAGGUCCAGGACCUGCAGCUGGAGCGGGAGAUGGCGCUCGCCACCAACCGGAGCUUGGCCGAGCGCAACCUCGAGUUCCAGGCGCCCUUGGAGAUCAGCCGCUCCAACCUCCUGGACAAGUACCAGGAGCUGCAGAAGCUGGUGGAGAAGUGCCAGGAGCAGAAGGCCCGGCUGGAGAAAUUCUCCUCAGCGUUGCAGCCAGGAACCUUGCUGGACCUUCUGCAGGUGGAAGGCAUGAAAAUCGAAGAGGAGUCAGAGGCCAUGGCUGAGAAGUUCCUGGAGGGGGAGGUGCCCUUGGAUACAUUUCUCGAGAGCUUCGCCUCCAUGAGGAUGUUGUCCCAUUUGCGCCGAGUUCGAGUGGAGAAGCUUCAGGAGUUGGUGCGGAAGCCCAGGGCCUCCAAAGAACCAGCCAGGCCCGUGGUCCCGCCUCGGCCGGUCAUCGAGACGACUACUGCUGUGGCAGAGGCCCCUCCGGCCCCCCCCGCUGCUCCCGCGCUCCCUGCGACGGGCCCCCCCUACCCCCUCCCCUACAACCCCGCCCCUAACCUGGGUGUGGGCCCCCUGGCCCAAGGAGCUCUGCCUCUGAGCCCUUUCCCCGUCACCACUCAGCCCUCUUACCCUUACCGGGGCCCUUCCGGGCCGGCCUAUGCACCAGCGCAGCCCGCAGGGGCUGCCCUAGGGCGCCCGUGGUCCCCUCACUCCUCCCCCGGACCAGGGGCCUACCCCAUGGCCCGAGGCCCAGCUCCCAAUCCAGGCUACCCACAGCAGGCCUAUUUCCCGGCAGGAGGAAGGCCACCUUACCCAACUCAGGCCCCUGCCUACCCAAGCCAGCCCCAGAUGCCGAAUUUUCCGAGGCAGCCCCGACCCUCGGGGCCUCCUCAGCCCCCAUACCCAACAGGCCCUGCGCUCCCCUAUGGGUUUUCCACACCGCAGGGGCCUGUCUGGCCUGGGUACUAGACAGGAUCCUCACCCGCGGCCUCCCCUCCCCCCAACCUGUGCCACGGGCCGUGGUCCUCCAGGGCCGCCGCCUGAGAUUUGGGUGAAAGAGCUCUUGGCCCUGACCGUGGACUUUGGAAGGAGGCGCCCGAUAAACCAGGGACCGUGUCUAUGAUGGCAGAGGGUCUUUUCAGAGCCUUGACCCGCCCGACACAUUAAGGGAUCCAUCACCCGGCGGCCUGUGGGCAGCCUCAGUGAGCCACGGCAUGAAUUCCCACUGCACCGACAGCCUUGUGGUCAACCAGCCAGUCCAGUGCUAGCCAAAUUGGGGGGGGGGGGGAGAUGUGGAAGUUCUCUGUGUCCACAUGGACACUGAAAUCAAAACACGCGUUGUCACGGCCCCUCCCCACCCCCCAGCGGGAUUCUCUGUUAACACCGUCCCUGGUGGACAUGUUCACACUGGCCAGUGGGAAGGAGUGAUCUUUGGAAAGUGUCUCCAUCCGAGCUGAGAGAGCGUGUCCUGGGCUUCCCUAUGGGCUUAGGUUAUGUUCAGGCCACUUAAUAUUUUCCCAAAUCUUUUACUUAUAUAAUAUAUGCUAAAAUACUAAUAGGCAGAAGUCAAAUAAGCUUGCACCAUUUGAUGGCUCCUGAGGCUGUGGGGAAAGCAGAGUGGGCAGUGAGUCCCUCCCCUCUUUAAACCUGGGGGUUCUGAGAACUGGGGCGGCGGCCGGGCCCCCCCGGCAGAGUAUGGAACAAGCAGCCGCAGCAGAAGUUGGGGGCUCCCGUGGAGGGUGCCCUGGGAAGAGUCACCCUCCUUCCCCUUGGGGAGCUCCGUGGCCACCAUGUUCUCUCAGAGCCCCCACUUUACUCUUCAGUGCCUUUGAUCUUGGCAGCCUCUUUCGAGUCCCCCUCAUGCCCUUCUCCCCGUUUUUCUCAGCAAAGCUUUUCUCUUGAGAGAAGUUCUGAAAGUCACCCCCAAACGGUGCUUUCCAAACACUAAAAUGUUGCAUCUCCCGCGUCUCCCACCUGUCCUUGGGUGGAAGCCGAAGGCCGGGGCUCCCUCCUCCUUGUUCUUGGCAGCCCCCGCUAGCUCGUGGGUGUCCGAAAGCUGUGAUGAGGGUGCAAGAGCUGACCCUUGAGAGGUUGGACAAGGGAGCGGUGACGUGGUUCCUUCCACAGUCACUUCGGUUACUUGGGCAGACCCCGGAGCUGCUAUUGACCCGAAAGUUGAAUGUACCUUGGACUGUCCGAGGCCGAGCGGCUGAGCCCGGCAGGGCUUGACGGAGACGGAGGGUUGGUGACGCCACUUUGUUUUCUCAACAUUUUGCCAAAUUCUGCUUGCUUUCGCAUAAAUUAUAAAGAGAAAUGACUAAUGGGC